UCCGCCCGAUUCCGUCGCGAUUCUGCCUCCUCUCCUAGGAGCUUCCCGGCCAGGUAUCUGCCAAGCGCUGAAGUGCUCGAGUCCGCCUCGACGGUAGUGGACGGCUGUAAUGCAAUGGUAGAGUAUUCUGGAUGGGUUGCAGAGCCACAUAGAACUGAAGAACUGAGGUAGCUUCUGAAAACAGGAUUCUGCUUUACUUCUACCUCCUUAGUAUGGGCAUAUCAUUUCUUGUUUGCUUCACACUCGGACUGUUGCCCAUCAGAAUCAUUGGGAAGGCUUGGCAAUGCCCACAUAUCUCCUAUAACCUGACUCGAGAUUAUACAGUGAAAUAUGACUUCCCUACAUUCAGAGCAACAUCUGCUAUCCAGAAUAUAGUUACAUAUGAGCCUGGUAAUGUUAUCUUUGUUGCAGCUCAGAACAAGAUUUACAUGCUGAGCCCAGAACUGAAAAUUCUGUCUACUCUAGUAACUGGACCCUGGGGCAGCACUGAGUGUGAGAUCUGUACUCUCUGUCCAGUGAAAGGACCAGUGGAUUUUGAAAACACAGACAACAAAGUUUUGGUGAUGGAUCCUUUUGAACCUUGGCUUUACAGUUGUGGAAGUUCUCAACAUGGCAUCUGUUUCCAGCAUGAGAUUAAGAUACAGGGUGAUGUUGCUUUCAUUGAGAAAACCUCAUGCUUGUAUUCAUCUCAGCAGGACAGACCUUCUGAGUGUCCAGACUGUGUGGCCAGUCCCUUAGGCACAAGAACUGUAGUUGUUGAAAUGGCAUCUGCUUCAUACUUUUAUAUUGCAUCUACCAUCGGCGCAACCAUAGCGGACACAUACGGCCCCAAAUCGGUGUCUAUACGGAGACUGAAGAGUACCUUGGAUGGGUUUGCUUAUCCUUUCCACUCCUUAACUGUGCUGCCCAAGUAUCAAGGCACAUACCUUAUUGACUAUGUGUAUUCCUUUAAUCACCAGCAGUUUGUAUACUUUUUGACAGUCCAAAGAGAAGAUCCUAGCUCUAAAUCAUACCACACUAGGAUAGUGCGGCUCAGCACUGAAGAGACUGAGCUUCGCAAGUACCGAGAGCUGAAUUUGGAUUGUCGCAUUCAGUCUAAGCGGAAGAGGAGUCUUAGCGCAAUGCCUAAAGCUGUAGUUUUCAAUGUCUUGCAGGCAGCUCAUGCUACCAGUCCUGGUUCCAAGCUGGCUCAAGCAAUCGGGACCAGUGAGACAGAACUGGUUCUCUUUGGCGUGUUUGCCGAAAGCCAGCCAGACUGCACGAUGCCACAGAAGUAUUCAGGAGUGUGUGCUUUCCCUCUGCACAUGAUUAACAAAGCUAUUGAUACAGGGAUGGAGAAGUGUUGCAGUCUGACUGUUCAUGACAAGAUGCCUCGAGGACUAACGUUUUAUCAAGCUACUGAGUACUGCCCACAUAAUAUUAAUUUCUCAGCCCCAGUGGAGGACUUCAGCUGCAUGAAUAAACCCACUUUUAUUGCUAUGGAUGGCUUCAAGUUGGACCUCCUGCAAGGACGUAUGUCUGAUGUAUUGCUGACCUCUAUCUUUGUAACUCCAAUAGGGGAACUUACUGUGGCUCAUUUAGGCACAUCCGAAGGUCGUGUUUUACAGAUGGUGCUUGAUGGAUCCACUUUCUACAAGGCCGAAAUGGCCAACUUCUCCUUGGGAGAGCGACUGCCAGUGCUGAGAGAAGUUGGCAAGCUACGCCACUCUUUGUUCUUUGCCACAGGAAAUGAGGUGUUCCAGGUGAACCAAACUGGUCCAGGCUGCCUCCAUUUCCUAACGUGCCUCAGCUGCCUGAAGGCGGAGCAUUUCAUGCAAUGCGGCUGGUGUGGAAAUUCGUGUACCCGUCAGGAGGAAUGCAAGAAAGAGUGGAACCAGGAGAGCUGCCCUCCAGUCCUCACAGACUUUCAUCCCAGAAAUGCACCACUACAUGGUAGCACCAAGCUGACUCUCUGUGGCAGGGGAUUUCAGUCUCGUCCAUAUUUUUCUGGCACUGCUGGCUCACACUCAAGCCCUGGUGACUACUCCAUUACAGUAGGACAGAGGACAUGCUCGGUGCUAUUUGAAGAGAGCCUGGCAAACCGGUAUAGCCAGGUGCCAAAGUGGAAGGAUUUUGCUGAAGUUCUUGUCUGCACAUUGUCACCAAAGGGGGUUGAGAAGAUCAUGGAACCACAACAGAUUAAUCUGACAAUUAUAGAGAAUAAAGCAACCCCAUUUCAUAUCACUGGCUCCUCAAUCCUCAGUGGCUUUGUAUUUAUGCUGCCAAACAUAACUUCCAUUCACCCUGCCUAUGGUCCAAUGGCUGGAGGAACAGAGAUCUUUAUCCAAGGACAAAGCCUUCUGGUGGGAGGUACAAGGACAGUGAUGAUUAACAGUCUAGAGUGUCCUGUGGACAGUGAGAAAAGCCAGAGAGAGGAGGCCAUAAUUUGUACCACCCCACCUUCAAGCAACUUGACCAAUGCAUCCGUGACUGUAAUAAUAGAUGAAGAGCAAUUUCUUUCUCCUCAGCUUUUCUGGUAUCGAGAAGACCCCCAGAUAUAUAAUAUUUCUCCCAGCUGCAGUUAUGAGGGCUCCAGUAUCUACAUCUAUGGUGCCAAUUUGGAUUCAGUGUAUAACACGAGGCUGCAGUUUGAGUCUGCUGGAGUGCAGACCAAAGCUAAAGUAUGUGAUGGGCCGCUGUCCACAGAUAGGUUGGUGUGUCAAAGUCCUGAUUAUCCAUCUGAAAACAAAAUGGAGAGUAUUUACGGGAACCUGAGUGUCUUGAUGGAUGGAGUUCUGGGGCAGAAGACAUUUCGUAUCCGCUACUACCCUAAGCCGGUCAUUGAUCCCUUUGACCAUGAAGGUCACUCAUAUAUACUCCAACGAGGAGAGGACAGGAUUGAGAUCAGUCAUAAAGGACUAGAUGCUCUGGCAGGCUGCAUGACAAUUUCUGUGACAGUGGCUGGUAUGGAUUGCCACCCCAUUAUACAGAAGAACAAGGUGAUCUGCCGAAUACCCAACCACCUGAAAAUCCCUGGGGAUGGUUUGCCAGUACAGGUACAGAAAAAGUUCUUUGCAGCCAGAGCUAAUGGCAUGACUUAACUUCCUCCAUUUGAACCCCAGCCUAGCCCUUCUCAGCCAGUCCAUCCCACCUGGUUGUCCUCUUACCCACUUUGGGAUAACUAGCUUCAAAAAUCCUGGGCAAUCAAGCAUGCUAGAAACUAUCCAUA